GGGCGGGGCCGCGGUCCGGCGGGUGGAGCGGGAGCGGUUCUGGAAGUGAUGGAGGAGGCGGAGGCCGACUGCGCCCUAGCGUUCGCCGAGGCCCAGAGAUGGGUGGAGGCAGUGACAGAGAAGAAUUUUGAGACAAAGGAUUUUCGAGCCUCCCUGGAGAAUGGCGUUCUGUUGUGUGAUUUGAUUAAUAAGCUUAAACCUGGUGUCAUUAAGAAGAUAAAUAGACUGUCCACACCAAUAGCAGGUUUGGAUAAUAUAAACGUUUUUUUGAAAGCUUGUGAACAGAUUGGAUUGAAAGAAGCCCAGCUUUUCCAUCCUGGGGAUCUACAGGAUUUAUCAAAUCGAGUCACUGUCAAGCAAGAAGAGACUGAUAGGAGAGUGAAAAAUGUUUUGAUAACUUUGUACUGGCUGGGAAGAAAAGCACAAAGUAACCCCUACUAUAAUGGUCCCUAUCUUAAUUUGAAAGCAUUUGAGAAUCUUUUAGGGCAAGCUCUGACUAAGGCACUUGAAGAGUCCAGCUUCCUGAAGAGGAGUGGCAGAGACAGUGGUUACGGUGAUAUCUGGUGCGCUGAGCGUGGAGAAUUUCUUGCUCCUCCAGGCAACUAUAAGAGAGAAGAUUCAUUUGAAAGCUUGGACUCUUUGGGGUCUAGGUCAUUCACAAGCUGCUCCUCUGAUAUCACGUUGAGAGGGGCACGUGAAGGUCUCCUAGCUGUGUGUUCAACUGCUUCCUGUAGCCUCUUCUCUGUUACUACUGUAGACUCCUGCCAGGCACGGUGGAGGGGACGAGACUGCCUUUGGCUCAGGUUUACCCUGCAGGUGUGCUCCUGCCUAGAGCCCACAGCUCCCAGGUCCUCAGGUUGUGAAAGUGACACAGAUUCUGAAUUUACAUUCAAAAUGCAGGACCAUAAUAAAGAUGAUAUGUCAUAUCGAAGGAUUUCGGCUAUUGAACCAAAGUCCGCUUUACCAUUUAAUCGCUUUUUACCCAACAAGGGUAGACAGCCAUCCUAUGUGCCGGCGCCCUUAAGGAAGAAAAAGCUGGACAAAAAUGAGGAUAACAGAAGAAGCUGGACAAGCCCAGUCUGCAUAGAAGCCGAUGGAACAUUUCCAAGCAGAGCAAAGCAUGAUUUUUCGAAUCCAGAUUCCUAUCAGAAGGAGGUGUAUGGUUCUGAAAGUGGAUCAGACUCGGAGGAGGAACGGAGGUUGCCGGAUAUAGUUUUGGAUGACUUAGCCAACCGUAGAUUCCAAAUGAAAAAGAGGCCCGAGGGUUUCAUCUCGAAAAGCAUCUCUCCUAAGUCUUGUGCACCAGUCUUUUCUCCUGCUGACCCAUUAGCCACUGAGCUAUACAGAAUGACGAGUAACGAGAGGAGAACUUGGGGCACAAACGUGGAGAACUGGCCAACAGUACAAGAAACUUCAGACUCCUCUUGUUAUUUGGAAGAGGCAGAAGAAAAGACAAGCAUACCCAACACUGUAAGGGAUGAUCUUUAUGUGCGAAAGCUAAGCCCCAUCAUGCCAAGCCCAGGGAAUGCUUUUGAUCAGUUUCUUCCCAAAUGCUGGAUCCCAGAAGAUGUGAACUGGAAACGAAUAAAAAGGGAAACUUAUAAACCAUGGUAUAAAGAAUUUCAGGGCUUCAGUCAGUUUUUAUUACUUCAGGCCCUCCAGACAUAUUCUGAUGACAUCUUGUCUUCUGAAACACAUAUCAAAAUUGAUCCCACUGCUGGCCCAAGGCUCAUAACACGCAGAAAGAAUCUCUCUUAUACACCAGGAUAUAGACCAGAUGACCUGGAGAUGCCAGCCCUGGAUCCUGACUUAGAGAAUGAUGAUUUCUUUGUCAGAAAGACUGGGGCUUUCCAUGCAAACCCAUGUGUUCUUCGGGCUUUCGAAGACUUAAGAAGGCUUUCUGGGCAAGACGAUCCUGUAGAGCAAGAUAUAAUACUGCAGUGUAGGGAAGGUGAACUUGUACUUCCAGACCUAGAAAAAGAUGAUAUGAUUGUUCGCCGCAUUCCAGCACAGAAGAAAGAGGUGCCUCUGUCGGGAGCCCCAGAUAGAUACCAGCCAGUCCCUUUCCCCGAACCCUGGACUCUUCCUCCGGAAAUUCAAGCAAAAUUUCUCUGUGUACUUGAAAGGACAUGCCCACCUAAAGAAAAAAGUAAUAGCUGUAGAGUGUUAGUUCCUUCCUGGAGGCAGAAGAAAGAUGACAUGUUGGCUCGUAAGAUCCAGUCUUGGAAGCUGGGAACUACUGUGCCUCCAGUCAGGUUCACCCCUGGUCCCUGCAGCGAGGCCGACUUACAGAAGUGGGAGUCCAUCCGGGAGGCCAGCAGGCUUAGACACAGGAAGCGGCUGAUGGUGGAGAGACUCUUUCAAAAGAUUUAUGGUGAAAACGGGAGCAAGUCCAUGAGUGAUGUCAGCGCAGAGGAUGCUCAGAACUUGCGUCAGCUGCGUUACGAGGAGAUGCAGAAAAUAAAGUCACAGUUAAAAGAACAAGAUCAGAAAUGGCAGGAUGACCUUGCAAAAUGGAAAGAUCGUCGGAAAAGCUACACUUCAGAUUUGCAGAAGAAAAAAGAAGAGAGGGAAGAGAUUGAGAAGCAGUCGCUUGAGAAGUCUGAGAGAAGAUCUAAGACAUUUAACGAAAUGCUGCAGGACAGGGAAUCCCCAAAUCAGAUGUCUACAGUGACAUCGAGGAGGAAACUGUAUUCUUCUGAUGAUGGAGUGAAUGAAGAAAAACUUCCCCCUAUGCUGACUAUGUCAGAAGUAAGUUCCCAGAGUGAGAGAGUAGAAGAGAAGGGAACCACUUAUCCGACGGAAAUGCCUAAGCAAGAUUCUACAGCUUUUGCAAAAAGGGAGGCUACUAUCACAGCUGAAAUUCAGCUUCCUUCGAAAAGCCCCGUGGAAGAACAACGCCCAGCCUCUUUGUCUUCUCAGCAUUCACGACAAAUGGAGUCAACUCGAGUUUCAGCUGCUCUCCCUAGAAGUUACCAGAAAACUGAUGCGGCCAGGUUAACGUCUGUGGUCACACCAAGACCUUUUGGAUCUCAGUCAAGGGGAAUCUCAUCACUCCCGAGAUCCUACACGAUGGAUGAUUCUUGGAAGUAUAAUGGAGACGUAGAAGGCAUUAAGAGAACCCAAAGCAGCUCGGUCAGCAUCUCUGUGCAAAGACCUGACACGAGCCAGCUUGCGUCCAGGUCAUCCAGCGAAACAGAGGCAUCAGCACCCAGAGAAAGUGUGAUGAGGCUGCUCUCUCCUACACCCACCUUCUCAUCUCCUUCCCAGGGCCAGGCUGCCACUUCGAAAGACACGUUAUCUUUAACAUCUAGCCCUGAUUUAACGUCUGAGCUUGGAGAAGGGAGAAGCUCACCACAGACAGAGGUCUCAAGAUCACAGGAUCAGUUCAGUGAUAUGAGAAUCAGCAUAAACCAGACGCCUGGGAACAGCCUUGACUUUGGAUUUACAGUAAAAUGGGAUUUUUCCAGGAUCUUCGUAGCAUCAGUCGAACCAGGUAGCCCAGCAGAAUUUUCUCAGCUACAGGUAGAUGAUGAAAUUAUUGCUAUCAACAACACUAAGUUUUCACAUAAGGACACAAAAGAGUGGGAGGAAACCAUGGCUAAUGCUCAGGAAACUGGAAACCUAGUAAUGGAUAUCAGGCGCUAUGGAAAGUCUGACUGGGGCAAAGACCAGCCUUCCCUGCCAUUUACACGGCAUAAAACCCUCAAUCUCACCAGUAUGGCUACCAAAAUUAUAGGUUCACCUGAAACAAAGUGGAUUGAUGCAACUUCUGGAAUUUACAGCUCAGACAAAUCUUCAAAUCUAUCAAUAACAGCUGAUUUCUCAGAAAGCCUUCAGAAUUCUAAUACUGAAUCAAAGGAAAUUAAUGGAAUUCGUGAUGAAAGCAAUACUUUUGAAUCAAAAGCCUCUGAACCUAUUUCUUUGAAAAACUUAAAAAGGCGAUCACAAUUUUUUGAACAAGGGUCAUCAGGCUUUUCUUACAGUUCAUGGGUCUACCUCUGUGGAAGUUCCGAUUCUGUGGUGCCUGAUCUUCCAGUCCCGACCAUCAGUGCCCCGAGUCGCUGGACGUGGGAUCAGGAAGGGGAGCGGAAGCGGCAGGAGAGGUGGCAGAAAGAGCAGGACCGCCUGCUGCAGGAAAAAUAUCAACGUGAACAGGAGAAGCUAAGGGAAGAGUGGCAGAGGGCUAAGCAGGAGGCUGAGAGAGAGAAUUCCAAGUACUUGAAUGAGGAGCUAAUGGUCCUAAACUCAAACAGCAUUUCUCUGACCACACGGGAGCCUGCUGUGGCCACCCGGGGCGAAGAGUCCAAGGCACCUGACAGCGAAGGAACCCCAGCAGAGGAGGAAACGAGGCAGGAGCAGCAGCAAGAGAAAGACCAGGAGCAGAAGCAGCGCCAGGCAGAGGCAGAGGCAGACGAGCAGAAGCGCCAGGCGGAGAGAGAGAGGGAAACUUCUAUCCAAAUAUACCAGUACAGAAGGCCGGUUGAUUCCUAUGACAUACCAAAGAGAGAAGAAGAAUCUUCAGGUUUGCUUCCUAGUGACAGGAAUAAAUCCAGAUCCACUACUGAACUGGAUGAUUACCCCACAAACAAAAAUGGAAGCAAUAGAUAUUUGGACCGAACUGGGAGCAGUAGCUCAUCGCAGAAAAGCUCCAAGAAGGAACAAGUCCCAUCAGGAGCGGAGUUGGAGAGACAGCAAAUCCUUCAAGAAAUGAGGAAGAGAACGUCCCUUUAUGAUGACAACAGCUGGAUCCGACAGCGCAGUUCCAGUGUCAAUAAAGAGCCUAUUUGUCUGCCUGGGAUUAUGAGAAGAGGUGAAUCUCUAGAUAACCUGGAUUCCCCGAGAGCCAGUUCUUGGCGACAGCCCCCUUGGCUCAACCAGCCUUCAGGAGUCUAUGCCACUUCCUCUGUCCAAGACUUCAGUCGCCCCCCACCUCAGCUGCUGUCCACUUCGAACCGUGCCUACAUGCGGAACCCCUCCUCCGGCGUACCCCCUCCCUCAGCGGGUUCCGGGAAGACCACCACCCCGUCCCCCAUACUGCGCAGCCAUUCCCCUGCGGUUCCGCAGCCCGCCUCCCAGCCACGCAACAGGUCGGUCAGUGGGAAGCGCAUGUGCUCCUAUUGUCAUAACAUUCUGGGCAAAGGAGCCGCCAUGAUCAUCGAGUCCCUGGGUCUUUGUUAUCAUUUGCAUUGUUUUAAGUGUGUGGCCUGUGAUCGUGACCUCGGAGGCUCUUCCUCAGGAACCGAAGUCAGAAUCCGAAACAACCAACUGUAUUGCAACGACUGCUAUCUCAGAUUCAAAUCUGGACGGCCAACCGCCAUGUGAUGUAAGCCUCCACACGAAAGCACUGUUGCAGAUAGAAGAAGAGGUGGUUGCUGCUGGUAUAGAUCUAUAAAUACACGUUGUAUGUCCUUUUGCUCUCUUUUUUAAAAAGAAUAAUACUUUUUCUGGCCUCUUUAGAUUACAUCAGAGCAUUAUAGUCUUGGUAGAACCUGUAUUUUUGUUGUUUAUUUAUAAGAAGGUAAUUAUGUGUGGGGAAAAGUGCAGUAUUUCCUUUUUGAAUUCAGCAUUAUAAAAGCACAGGGGAAAAAUAAGAACUUCAAAAUAUUUUUUUGAUGCUGAUAAUGAUCUAGUUUGACUUUCUAAUGGUGUUUUGAGGAGGGUUAUUUUAUUGUUUUUUUUUUAAGUUUUGGAAACAUUAUUUCAAAUAGUUAAUAUAAAUAUGUAAUUGCAUUUGCUCCGUUUAUUAUAAUGUAUUCUAAAUUAAUGCAGAACAAUACGGAAAAUUUCACUAAAAUCCACCCCCAAAUUUGCUUUCUGUAUCCUUCUUUUCAUUUAUGUAAUAUUAUUAAAUUUUUUUUUAGCUUAUAUGACAUUUUAUUUGCUUGAUGAGGGGAGCUCUAUUUUCUUCACCAGAAUUGUCACUAAGCAAUUCCCAGUAGAAAUUGCUUCUUUUCAUUCAUGGAAAAUCAUCAUGGUUUGUAUGCCAGAAGUUUUCUCCAGAAACUAGUGAGCCUUUCUGUUCAACUGCAUUUGUAAAUAAACUUGCUGAUGCAUUUAAA